AUGACAGUAAAUAUAUACACCGUGUUCAUAUUCGCAACGUCGCGUCUGCGCGCUUGUUUCUUGUCCGCUGAAACGCAGAUUGAGAAAGUUUUUUCAAGCAGAUUGUCUAUAAUUUCGUAUUCGAAACAUACACAUGAGAUUUUGCUGACCGCCUUGGCGGUGUUCAACGCAAUGGAUUAUCAAGAUGAGCGACAUUUCAGCUGCAAGCCUAGAAUGUCGGGGGCCUCAUCUAACAGGAUCGUCAAUUUCUUCGUUUUGGUAUUUAUAUUUACCAUCGAUCUAACACUCGUUUCUGACGCGCCGCCUUCGAUAUCGAACGUGGUAAAGAACAUAUCCCAGUUCCUGCCAUCAUUUGAUCAACUGCCCGGCGUGCAAUCUAUUCGAAAUGGAUUGCCAAACCGGCGACCGGUGUUGAGUUUACCACAAGGCUUUCCGACAAGCAGCGGUGGCAACUUCGUACCACCUCCGUUUAAAAAGCCUUAUCCCCCAAUCACAGCUCCGGACUUGAGCCAAGAAGAAGAUAAUAAAGUAAUUGACACAGAGCCGACACAGAAGCCCAUCUCGGUCCAAUCCACAAGGGUCUCUACUGCAUCGACACCGCGUAGUCGCACCAAGCUGACACCAAUAGCUAAUCACACCUCAGACAACUCUCUGCCCCCUGAGGCAGGCUCAAAUCAAGAUCGCAAGGACGACAGCAGUCAGGGCAAGCUGACUGAUUUCAACUUAAAGUCCUUCGCAAGUCCAAUUAUCAUUGGACUUUGUAGCAUUUUUGCAAUAUCUUUGACUAUUCUCGCCUAUGUGUGUCGCAGUCGCUUGUGCGCUAUCAGCAAAACGAUGAAGAAGUCCAAGGAGAAGGAAGAACUCUCCAAGAAGUCCAAUCCUAGUCAUCUCAGCAACACGCUAACCGACGACAGUCGCAAUUCAAUGGUCAUGCAACAGUGGCAAGGACCUUCCGCCUUCGGCAACCGCUACGUGCCCUGGGAGCGGGAUCAGCAGCUGCCAAUAACGUCAUCAUAUCAACCACCACCAAAUGCAGUGAACGGCAUCGAUUCAUCGAUGUCAGCCGCCGCUGUGGGAUCAACCGGCCUUACUAAUGGUGCGCCUAACGGACGUGCAGCUGUAUCAGAAGGCGGCUUUGGCACUGAUCUCGUCACCGAUCAUUGGGAGUUCCCAAGACAUCGACUGAAGUUUUUUAAUAUACUGGGUGAAGGUGCCUUCGGACAAGUUUGGCGCUGCGAAGCAACUGGCUUAGCCGGCUCCGCAGAGGUCACUACAGUUGCAGUGAAAACUUUGAAGGAGAGUGCAGAUGAAAUCGAAAAAAAGGAUUUGCUCUCCGAAUUAGAGGUGAUGAAAAGUCUGGAGCCUCACGUAAAUGUCGUUCAACUUUUGGGCUGCUGCACAGAAAAGGAUCCAACCUUUGUGAUACUCGAGUACGUUAGUCGAGGAAAAUUGCAAACAUAUUUGCGAAACUCACGAGCAGAAAGGCAUUAUGGAAAUACUCACGGCAAAUCAAAUGUGUUGACAUCAGGCGACUUAACUUCCUUCAUGUAUCAAGUUGCUAAGGGAAUGGAUUAUUUAACGUCGCGCGGGAUAAUCCACCGUGACCUUGCUGCGCGCAAUAUUUUAAUCACCGAUGAUCAUACAUGCAAAGUUGCUGAUUUUGGAUUUGCGAGAGAUAUCGUCACAUCUAAGAUCUACGAGCGAAAGAGCGAAGGAAAGCUUCCAAUCAGGUGGAUGGCUACAGAAUCACUUUAUGAUAAUAUAUUUUCAAUAAAAUCGGAUAUCUGGAGCUUUGGUAUAUUAAUGUGGGAAAUCGUUACAUUGGGCUCCACACCUUAUCCAGGUAUAUCGGCUGCCGAUGUCAUGCGCAAGGUUCGAGACGGAUAUCGGCUUGAAAAACCAGAGCAUUGUAGAAGGGAGCUCUACAAUAUUAUGUACUACUGUUGGUCCCAAGAUGCCAAUGAGCGACCAACGUUCGCAGAGAUAAUAAAGAUGCUCGACAAAUUACUGCACACUGAAAUGGACUAUAUCGAAUUGGAACGUUUUCCUGACCAUAACUAUUAUAAUAUUGUGAACCUCAGUGGAGAAAAAUUAUAAGCCACAAUGAUUUAUUUACAAAAAAAAAAAUAAAUAAAUAAAAUUAAAAAAAAUGGAAAAAAGGAGGGGUCGAUCACGCACUGCCACGAAGAGCUUUAUUAUAUGUAAAAUAAGUAAGAA